AUGAUCUGCGUGGGAGAGGGAGAGAAGGUCAUGCUAGCAACUCAUUUACCAACCAAGAAGUUGCUAGCUGUGAAGAUAAUUCAGAAGAGACCCCUGCUUCAUUAUUACAGCCAUAUAAUCCUCCGAGAGCGCAGAGUUUUGGAAGUGGCAGCUGGAAACAUCUUCCUGAACCAUUUGUACGCCACUUUUCAAACUAAGGACCAUCUUUAUUAUGCGCUGGAGUACUUGAGCGGUGGGGACCUUUUUGAUUAUCUCAUGGAGAAAGGACGGCCUGACCUCCCAACCACAACAUUCUUUGCAGCGCAGCUCGUGUGUGGCCUGCAGUUCCUGCAUUCAAACGGCAUUAUUCACCGUGAUUUAAAACCAGAAAAUAUCUUAAUGGACAGAGCAGGCCACCUGAAGAUCUGUGAUUUCGGGCUCGCGUUAGAUAAGAUGUGUGGUAAAACAGCAACGGGAGAAGCAGGUACACCAGGUUACAUCGCUCCUGAGAUGAAGAAUGGCGAGAGAUAUAAUGCUGCCGUAGAUUGGUGGGCGUUUGGAGUAAUUCUGUUCAAGAUGGCCACAGGAAUGUCUGCUUUCGAUCGUAACAACCAAUUAACACCUACAGGCCAACAAUUGCUUACGAAAUCGUCAUAUCACCACAAUUUCAUAAGCAAGGAGACAUGGGAUAUUCUAAAACAGCUCCUGUGCAUGUCACCAGCAGAGCGCUUGGGGGUAAACGGCCAUAUUCGUUCCCACCCGUUUUUUAGAUCUAUUGACUGGGUGGAGCUGGAGGCCGGCAGAUUAGGUGCCCCCUUACUACCUGCGCCCCUGCUGGACUGCCCUUUACCAUCUGGGACACAGGUGAAUCCCGUGUCUUCAUCAGAGGCCCACAAGACACCUAUUGGCUCUGAAGAUCAAAAAUUAUUUGACGGGUUCUCAUUUAUAAACCCUCAGUGGAACUCCUCACCCUAAUC